CCCUCGCUGAACGUUGUUGUGAAGGAGGAUGAAACAUAUUUUACCGGCACGGUGGCUCAGAGUACAGAUGCAUCAGAGGAAAAUGGGCUACAGGGGACUGCAUGUGGCAGAUCCGUGGGCCAUGAGGAACGAGGGCACCGUGUGGUAGGGGUGGCAACGAGAUGCCCUUUGCAUUCGAUAGGGUACCGCAUCGUUGGCAAUAACCUGAAUGCAUGGGUGGGACUGGGCGCAAAGGUUGUCCACGAUGGCAAGAACAGCCAGUAAACUAUGCCUUUCUAGAACAGACGAAACUUUAUCGUGCCGGAUCUUUCAUGGUGUUCUAGACAUGGAUGCGGGACAUUGAGCUUCAUCGUGGGGCAGUACAUGGGCGUUGCCUUUCGGGGACUCAAAGGGAAAGCUGUACCAGUGGUGAGCGUGUGGGGCCACUGCGAGAUACGGAUGCGCUACUGAAUUGGACUUGACCCUGAACCACUGCCUUUGAUGGACUUGUGUCGGCGAGCUGUAGGCUGCUCUGGGCAGAAAGACUGAAUGAGAUCCCACACUGCACUGCCAGCUUCCCUCAAGAGUUACCUGCUCUACCAUGACCUUUGUUCAAGGACAGAGUUGGACAAGGCAAAAGAGUGGAGCUGACCAGUGAGCAAUGGGUUUCUCCACCCCAGUGUCAUCGCUACUGUCGGAACUCCUUGGCCAAAGUGUUCUUGCCACUGCUUAGUCUCCAUGUGUCCUUCUUGGCAAGUUUUCAAGUAAGCCUUGUUUCACCACUUGAGUGUUUUGUUCUUGGAAGUCACUUCCCCAGUGCACAUACAAAAGGAACAUUUACAGAAGCUCUCUGCUUCCCUGCUUCUCCUGAGAAAGGUGGGCAUUGCCUCCCUGGGGUUGUAGAGGAGUGAAUGAUUUUUCUGUAGUGGUUAAGGGAGGAAUAAUUUGGGGAAGGGAAGGCACCAGGAGUAGAAAUGUUAAGACCAGGUGCUAAGAAUGGAAAGGCACAGGGUGGUCAACAGAGUUGAGAAGGAUCUGGAAUACCAGGAAGAAUGAAUUGCUGAAUUUUUAAAACAAAAGAAAAAAAAACCCUACCCAACCCUGAAAUACCAAACAAGAACCCUUCCAUUAGGAUGCUUCUUAUUUGCAGAAGGUGGCUAUGUGCUGGUGUCUGUAGCUCUGCCAGGACUUCUCACCAUGUUCUAAUGUUAUUUCAUAGACAUUGAACCCUGCUUUCUUGUUUAUCACCAUCGCUUUCUCAGUUCUCCUGCUUCUCUCUGGUCAGCCCCUUAGUGGGUUUGACUUGGUUGAUUGAGCAGUUAUACUGUGUCUUCACCCUCCUUUUUUUACUUAAAACUGCAGAUUUUAGUCUGGAAUCAGGGGUUCCUUACUUAUGUGGGGACAGGGAAGGGACAAAUUUCUGCAACAGGGUGAGGCAGGUUUAGUGGGCUGAUAACUCCUGCCAUCUUACAUCUGCUUUCUGUGUAGCCAGUUCAUGUUAAGGCUUUUGAGAAACAAACUAAUGUGUUUCUCUAAGGGAUCUGCCAGGGAAUUCUCUUUUUAGAUACGCUGCUUCAAGUCAUCUAAACCAGGCUUUGUUCUGUAAUAGACCUCUGCACAAUCUCCACUUAUCUAUGCAGCAGGAAUAGUUCUCUCUGUUUCUUGCCUGAGGGUGGGAAGUUGUCCCAGAGAAGAUGUUAGCAGUGUGGCUGCAGAAAUACCAUCAGCAGAUGGGAAACCCAUCUCAUUUCUGAAAUCUGCAGAAUGGUACUUGUGAGACUUGAACAGAGCCAGUGGUGUGGUCUUUCAGGCCCAGCAAGAAGAAACUCGGAGGGGGGGGAGGGAGGGGGGAGAACUGCAGGAGGGAACUGCAAUAAACAGGACAAGCAAUUCAGGCAAAAUCAGCUCAUCCCAAAUAGAUUCUCACCUCAGUAGCCAAGCAAAGAGGAUGACACUCCUUAACUAGCAGGAGCUGCUCUCUUGACCUCUCCACAGGUUACUAUGCUGCCUUUCUGGGGUUAUUUUGCACAUUUCUUUGUCUUGAAAAAUGUUUGUGUGGUUGGUUUUUUUUUGCUCUUGAGUUAUUCCUUCAGUUCUGUGUAGGUACAAAUGAAUUUAGUUAUUGAAAAUGUUAAUAUAUAUUAUUUGUGGUGUAUGUAUAUGAACGUUUUAAACAGCUGCUGUAGGGUACCUUUUUAAAAAUAAACUACUUGCAUAGUAUAUUUUUUAAAGCACAGAAUUGGUGCCAAGACUGGGUGGGGUGUAAAGUGCCCCUUUUUAAUCUAAUAUUAUGAUUAUUUUUUUUUUUAAAUGCUAGGGAUUUGUACUAGUUUCUGUUACUGGGUGGGACACAAGAAAAUUCAGUGUGUGUGGAGCCCUACUUGGUUGCCUUCAACUUGAACCAGUGUCUUCCAAAAUUCCAGGGAAGCAGCUGUGUUCUCCCUACUUCUAAUGUUCAUUGUGCUCCCUUAUUUCAUCUCUUCUCACUUCCCCAGUACAUUGCUUUGUACAGUUUUAAAUUUGACUUUCUAUUUUAUGACUGUAGGUAAUACUCAGUAACCUAAUAAACUUUAUUAAAUAUUACUUGAUGCUGCUUUU